CACAUGCCCGGGGCGGUGGCGCGUAGCGGGGGGCCGUUGGGGUGUGCGCCCGCCGCAGUGGACGCUGCCGCGGCCACCAUGCAGCUGACAGUGAAAGCGCUUCAGGGCCGCGAGUGCAGCCUGCAGGUGUCGGAGGACGAGCCGGUGUCCACGCUGAAACAUCUGGUUUCUGAGAAGCUCAACGUCCCCGUGCGCCAGCAGCAGCUGUUGUUCAAGGGCAAGGCCCUGGCAGAUGGGAAAAGAUUCUCCGAUUACAGCGUUGGGCCCAAUUCCAAGCUCAACCUAGUGGUCAAACCUCUGGAGAAGGUGUUACUGGAAGAAAGCAGCGCCCGGAGACUGGCCGAGGUCCCACCACCGUCCACACCAGCCUGGCAGCUGAUCUCCAAAGUCCUGGCCCACCACUUCAGUGCUGCAGAUGCCAGCAGAGUCCCGGAUCAACUACAGAGGGAUUAUGAGAGGUCCCUGAACCGCCUGAUGCUGGAUGACAUCAAACGCUUGGCUAACCACUUUCUGCACCCUGAAGUGACUGAAGCUAUGGAGAAGGGGUUCACCAAAUAGGAUUCUCAGAGUGUGGGGAGGAGCCUGGCCAGGCCACAAGCUGCAUGUAGCAUUAAAUGUGUUCUCCUGUUGCAAAAAAA